AUGAACAAAGCAAAAACUUCAUCUGAAAAAAGUGUUUCUACCAGUUCUCGGACUAUGUCUCUGCUGUCACAGCUGGAGAAGAUAAAUGUGGACUCUGUACUAGGAGAAGCAGACAAUGCCAGAUAUGUUACCUCAAAGAUCCUUCAUCUGGUGCAGAGUCAAGAAAAAACCAGGAAGGAGAUGACUUCUAAGGGCUCCACUGGAAUAGAAGUUAUCCUGUCAACCUUAGAGAAUACAAAAGAUCCUCAAACUAUUCUAAAUAUAUUGAAUAUUCUCAUUGAGGUAGUCUCAGUUGGUGGCGGUCGGAGAGCAAGUGUCUUAGUCACUAAAGGAGGGACACAGAUUUUAUUGCAGCUGCUUUUGACUGCCAGCAAAGAUUGUCCACCAAAUGAAGAAUUAAUGGUGCUUCUUCAUACUCUUCUUGCAAAAAUUGGUCCAAAAGACAAAAAGAUUGGCAUGAAAGCAAGAAUUAAUGGUGCCCUAAACAUAUCAUUGAAUUUAGUGAAGCAAAAUUUGCAGAACCACAGACUAAUAUUGCCGUGUCUUCAAGUAUUAAGAGUUUACUCAACCAACUCUGUAAAUGCAGUGUCCUUGGGAAAGAAUGGAGUAGUAGAACUGAUGUUUAAGAUCAUUGGGCCUUUUAGUAAAAAGAACACUAGCCUUAUGAAGGUUGCUUUAGACACACUUGCUGCAUUGCUAAAAUCAAAAACAAAUGCCAGGAGAGCAGUAGACAGAGGAUAUGUGCAGGUGCUUUUAACGAUUUAUAUUGAUUGGCACCGUCAUGAUAGUCGACACAGAUACAUGCUGAUACGUAAAGGAGUUUUACAGUGCAUUAAAAGCAUUACAAACAUCAAAUUGGGAAGAAAAGCAUUCAUUGAUGCCAAUGGGAUGAAAAUUCUUUACAACACUUCACAAGAGUGCCUUGCAGUAAGAACUCUUGAUCCACUUGUCAACACAUCCAGCCUAAUAAUGAGAAAAUGUUUUCCAAAAAAUCGUCUUCCUUUACCAACUAUUAAAAGUGCUUUCCAUUUCCAACUCCCGAUUAUUCCUUCCAGUGGUCCUGUGGCUCAGCUGUACAAUUUGCCUCCUGAUGUGGAUGAUGUAGUGGAUGAAAGUGAUGAUAAUGAUGAUGCUGAAACAGAGUCAGAAAUUGAAACUGAAAAUGAUGAUGACAAGGACCAACAUUUUAAGAAUGAUGAUAUUGAGACCGAUAUUAAUAAACUGAAACCUAGACAGGAAUUGGGAAGACCCAUAGAAGAACUGAAAAUGUAUGAGCAAUUUUUCCCAGAACUUUCAGAAAACUUUCAGGAAUGUGAUUUAGUUUCCAAGGAACCAAAGCCUUUUGUACCUGAUACAAAUCUGGGUGGGCCUAUUGUUGUUCCUACAGCAGGAGAGGAGCACUCUGCUGAAGCAAACCAGGCAACAAAAGGAGUUGCUUUGAAGGAGAGCCAUCCUUUAUUGACAGAGGAAUACAAUAGAAGGCCAGCCUUUCUGGAACUACCAAAGAACGAUAGCAUCAAAGACAGUAGUUUACAUCAGCAAAAUGAUGAAAGAAACGUGCUUCCAUCAUGCCAGUGUUUAACCCAAGAAAUUGUGAAAGGCUUGGACAGAAUCAGUCUGCAGAACAGUGCAAAAAAUGAUCAGUAUUAUGGUACAGGGUGUGUAAUAAAGAAGGAAAGCAAAGCUAGCCUUACCACACUUGCUUGUAGUAAACCUUGCGAACAUACUUCACCCUGUGGAAGUAGCCUCUUUGAAGGAUCAUCUGUGCAGCUGGGAAAACUCUGCUGCACUGGAGUGGAUUCGGAGGAGGAGGAUUCCAGAUCUAGUUCAUCAGGGGAGCAAGUUGUACUUGAGGUUUCUGAUGUAUCACCGGUUCAUGACUGUGAUCUUUAUAUUGAAAUGGUAAAAACCACGAAAUCUAUUCCUGAAUAUUCAGAAGUGGCCUAUCCAGAUUAUUUUGGCCAUAUUCCACCCCCAUUUAAGGAGCCUAUUCUUGAAAGGCCAUAUGGGGUGCAGAGGACAAAAAUCUCUCAAGAUAUUGAAAGACUGAUUCAUCAAAAUGACAUUAUAGACAGAGUUGUGUAUGACCUUGAUAAUUUGAGUUGUUCAGUACCAGAGGAAGCCGAUGUUUUGAAGUUUAAUUCCAAAUUUGAAUCUGGAAACCUGCGCAAAGUUAUUCAGAUCAGAAAAAAUGAGUAUGAUCUAAUUCUGAACUCGGAUAUAAAUAGCAAUCAUUAUCAUCAGUGGUUUUACUUUGAAGUGAGUGGAAUGAAAACUGGCAUUGGUUACCGGUUUAACAUCAUCAACUGUGAAAAGUCAAACAGUCAGUUUAACUACGGUAUGCAGCCCCUGAUGUAUUCUGUUCAAGAAGCAUUAAAUUCUCGACCAUGUUGGACUCGUGUUGGGACAGACAUUUGUUACUAUAAGAAUCACUUUUCAAGAAGUUCAAUUGCUGCUGGAGGUCAGAAAGGAAAAUCUUACUACACAAUUACGUUCACAGUGACUUUCCAACAUAAAGAUGAUGUCUGCUACUUUGCUUAUCAUUAUCCAUAUACAUACUCAACUUUAAAGAUGCAUCUUCAGAAGCUGGAAUCUAUGCACAACCCUCAACAGAUAUAUUUUCGACAAGACGUUCUCUGUGAGACCCUGGCUGGCAACAGUUGUCCCUUAAUCACUAUUACAGCCAUGCCAGAGUCCAAUUACUAUGAACAUAUCUGUCAGUUCAGGAAUCGUCCUUAUGUUUUCCUGUCUGCUCGUGUACAUCCUGGAGAGACUAAUGCAAGCUGGGUUAUGAAGGGAACGCUGGAAUACCUUAUGAGCAAUAAUCCAAGUGCCCAAUGUUUACGAGAAUCUUAUAUUUUCAAAAUUAUUCCCAUGCUCAAUCCAGAUGGUGUCAUCAAUGGAAACCACCGUUGCUCUUUAAGUGGAGAAGAUUUAAACAGACAGUGGCAAAAUCCAAAUCCAGAUCUGCAUCCCACUAUUUACCAUGCUAAAGGGUUACUGCAAUAUCUGGCUGCUAUAAAACGUUUACCUUUGGUCUACUGUGAUUAUCAUGGUCACUCUCGUAAAAAGAAUGUAUUUAUGUAUGGCUGCAGCAUCAAAGAGACAAUGUGGCACACAAAUGUUAAUGCUGCCUCUUGUGAUGUGAUGGAAGACCUUGGUUACAGGGCACUCCCCAAGAUCCUGAGUCAAACUGCCCCAGCAUUCUGCAUGGGCAGCUGCAGCUUUGUAGUGGAAAAGUCCAAGGAAUCAACAGCGCGAGUUGUUGUCUGGAGAGAGAUAGGAGUACAAAGGAGCUACACAAUGGAAAGCACAUUAUGUGGAUGUGACCAGGGCAAAUAUAAGGGAUUGCAGAUAGGAACAAGAGAACUGGAAGAGAUGGGAGCAAAGUUCUGUGUUGGCUUACUGCGUUUAAAAAGAGUGGCCUCACCGUUGGAAUACAAUCUGCCUUCUAGUCUGUUGGAUAUUGAAAAUGACCUGAUUGAGUCAAGCUGCAAAGUGACAAGCCCCACUACAUACGUUUUGGAUGAAGAUGAGCCUCGCUUCCUUGAAGAAGUUGAUUACAGCGCAGAGAGUAAUGAUGAUCAAGACAUUGAAUUAGCUGAUAAUGCGGGUGAUUAUGAGGCAACUAAUCAAGAAGAUGGACUUUCAGACUCAGAUUCAACAAGGAUACUCUUUCCUUGA